CCGAGCGGUUAAACUGCGAAAAAUUUGGGCCUUCGUUGAUUAGUUAAUUAGUCUUUUUAUACUGUUUGUCGUCGAUUUUAAUUUUGUCAAUUAUAAUUGAGCACAGCUAUCGAAAUGAGCGACAAUUCUCAAGAAAACACGUCAAAGAAAAGGAGAGGACCUUAUGCGUUUUCUCUUUCAAAAGGGAACAUGUCUGGAGAUUGCAGAAGGUCGACGCCACGAGUAACAAAAUGGCGUAUGAACUCAAGAUACGGCGGGGAGCAAAGGAACAGUAGUACUACUACUAGUAGUGAUGACUUAGGCCUAGGCCUUCAGUCAGGAUGGUCAUAUAACAUAGAUGAGGUGCCCACAGAUGACUUGACUGCUGGUGUUGGACCUGUAAUGUUCCAGCCUCAAACUUGUCAUGCUUGUCAAAAUGUUGGAGCAGUAGGGCUAACGUUAACUUCCGGCCAACAACAUGGCCAAGAUGAUCACCAAUCUCAAUCGGGAAAUGAGCAUGAUGAGUGUGCAUCGAGCUCGAAUGACUUGACCAUGUUGACUGAGCAUGUCGAGUCUCAGAGUCGGAGUGCGACUGACAGUGAUAGUCAUGACAGUGACAGUGACACGGCACAAGUGCAGAUUAUGCAAGUUUCACAACCAACUGCUACAAACAAAGUUAACUCCAUGGAAGUUGAAGAAUCACUGACAGACUGGAUAGACUGGCGGUAUGCACCAAAACAAGGUGGAGAAGCGGACACACGGUAUGAAUCUGAUGACAUGGCUGAUGAACAAGAUGAACAUGAUGAAUGGUAUGAUGCUACAGGACAUGAUGAAUGGUAUGCAGCACAUGAUGAGUUGUAUGAUGCUACAGCACAUGAUGAAUUGAACAAUGACACUGACAAUUUAUCAGAACAUGACACCUCUACUGGUACUGAAGAAAGUACAGUUUCAGAUGAUGAUUGUUUGUAUCCAGGUGCACCGAUCACAGUGGCAGAAAGCAUGCUGCUAAUACUUUCCCUUGUUUUGAGACACAGUUUGACUGGAAGUUGCUUAGUUGAUAUAUUAACACUUAUAUCUCUCCACUGUCAACAGCCAAAUUUAUGUACAACAUCACUCCAUCUUUUCCGCAAGUAUUUUUCAAACUUGUCCAUGCCACUUAAAUUUCACAAGUUUUGUGGUAAUUGUUAUUAUAUAAUUGAAAACGUCUCGGAUAAAUGUCCUAACUGCAGCACUGUAUUUUCAACUGGUACAAAUGCAAUAUCUCAUUUCAUUGAAAUUCCACUGUUAACACAGCUUGAAGCUCUUUUUAAACAACAAGAUUUUUGUGAAAGGAUCAAGCACAGAUUUAACAGAAAAAAGAAAGUUCAUGAAAAUAUAGAGGAUAUUUAUGAUGGUUAUGUUUAUAAAGGACUGUCAUCUCCAGGUAAUUUUCUGGAUGAUAAACAUAAUAUUUCUUUCAUGUGGUAUACUGAUGGUAUUCCACUUUUUAAAUCUUCUCGUUUCGGUAUUUGGCCUCUGUAUUUUGCAAUUAAUGAAUUACCACCCCAAAAACGAAUGCUGAAAGAAAAUAUGUUAAUAGCUGGUAUAUGGUAUGGUGAGUCAAAACCAUGCAUGGGCACAUUCCUAAAACCAUUUCACUCAUCUCUAAAAAAACUUUACAAUGGAAUUGUUGUAGAUAAUUACGACAAUGAACAAAUUAACGUUCAUGGAAUUCUCUUAUGUGGUACAUGCGAUAUGCCUGCAAAGUGUAUAGUGCUUAAUAUGACCCAGUUUAACGGUUUACAUGGUUGUCCUAGAUGUACCCAACCAGGAGAAGUUAUAAGUGUGGGUCGUGGGCAUGCUAGAGUAUUUCCUGUUAAUGUCAAUGAUUUUGAUGGCCCCAAAAGAACACACAAACAAACAGUGGAAGCAGCAAAAGAAGCUUUUCAAAGUAAAACAAAAGUUGUAGGCAUUAAAGGGCCCUCAUGGUUUUUGAAUCAAAUGCCUGACAUAAUACAUGGGACUGCAAUAGAUUGGAUGCAUCAAGUUUUAUUAGGAAUAGUUAGAAGGUUUUUAUUUCUGUGGUUUGAUGGAAGCCAUUCAACUGAACCAUAUUCUAUUUCCAAUCUGGUUGAUAUCGUUGAUUCCCGACUAAGAAAAAUUAAACCACCAAAUUUUAUUUCAAGAGUGCCAAGAAGUAUAAAACAGCACUGUAAAUAUUGGAAAGCGUCAGAAUGUAGAUCGUGGUUAUUGUAUUAUUCAUUGCCAGUGUUACAUGGUCUAUUGGCAGAUGUCUACUACCAACAUUAUUUGCUGUUAGUUGAAGCUAUUUACUUGUUGAAUGGAGAUUCAAUCUCAUUUGACACUGUAAAUCACUGUGAGCAAGUGCUUAGACAUUUUUGUAUGAUGCAUGGCACUCUUUACUCGCCUAAACAGAUGACAUCAAAUAUACAUCAAUUAUUACAUUUAUGUGAUGUUGUUCGGGACCUAGGACCUUUGUGGGUUUACUCAUGUUUUACCUUUGAAUCGCUGAAUGGUGAUUUGCUGUCACUUUUUCAUGGUACUCAAAAAGUUGAUAUACAAAUAGCAAAUAACAUCUGUACAUUAUUGAAAUUGCCCUUUCUGUCAAGAAAGCUCAAGGUUGGGACAACUAUUGAAAAGUUUUAUAAAUCCAUGAAAAAUAAGUCUUCACAUGGGAUUACUGGUGAAAGAAUAUGUGACGGUUUUCAUACACUCGGAAUAUUUAAAAGCUAUUGUUUGAACCGGAAAGAGAAGGAUGCUUUAAGACUAUUGUUGGGUUGUUUCAAUUUUGGAAUUCUGCAUAAAGGUUUUGCAUUUUCUCGUAUUUUAAAACAUAACACAGUCAUAUGUUCAAAACAGUUCACUCUACCACUCCGUAGGAAUUCCUUUACAGUAUGUUUUAUGCACAAUAAUGAAGAGCAUUAUGGCCAAGUGACAAAAUAUGUAAAAUUUCCUUCAGAUUGCACAUGUGACAAUAACUGCUCAUGUACUAUGUAUAUUGCUUUUAUUGAAAUGAUCAAAGUAAUAUCUUACAAAAUAUCUACAGAUGAUAUUACUUCUGCUGCUGUAGAACACAUCAUCCCAUGUAAAAGGAAUGACACAAUACUUGUAGCAAUACCAGUAGACGCCAUUUGCAGCUUAUGUGUUUUUAUGGACUUUGAAGAUAAUGAUACAUUAUAUGUAGCCAAAUGUCCUAAUACUGUCGAAGGUGAUUAAUUUAUUUUUUUAAUUAUUUAUAUUUGUUGUUUCAGUACUUAUAAAAUGGACACAUUGCCUUCCGAUUUGGCCCUUUGGGCUAUAAAAAGCGUUUGUUACGAAAUUAAUAUGGUUGGAAAGAUGUUUGAAAAGUAGGGUACAGUAUGA